AUGCAGAAUUUCCGAAGAGUAUUCAUACUAUUCAAAGAUGUUUUAUCAGUGAUUCCAGAGUUUUCGAAACUGUGUGAAAGUGAUAAGAUGACUCUUGGGAAAUCUCGUUUCUCUGUGUUCUAUUGGUGGCUUCUAUGCUGUUGGAUAGCCAAAUGUGGAAGCUCGGGUGUAUGCUACUCAAACGGCUCAUACUUUCCAUUGGACACCAACUUUCAACCAAUUCCAGAUUUGAAAGGUAUCACCGAAUUGGCAAUCGAAGCGGUGUCAAAACCAUUGGCAAGGCUGUGUCUUACUGAAGAGGAAAUUUUGAUUGGAAGCGUGUUUGCCGUGUUUUUUGAGUAUCCUCUCCCACCGAAAAUGCCCCAUGCGAGUACCCAAAUUCUUUCUAACGCACGUGACCGUUACAUACAAUGUAUGAUAAAUGUGUCAUCAUGUUCUGAAGUUCAAAGUGCGUUGCGUCUCGCCGAGAUUUCAUUGAUUUUUCCAUCAAUUACGGUAGGCAAGUUGAAUGGAAUUAAAAACUCCAAAUCUUUCCAAAACUUCAUGACACCUAAAAUCUUAAACUUUCAAAACCUCGUGCACUUGACAUCAGACAAUAUAAAGGUUUUGGAUGCUAUGCGAGUUUUGGAAGCCGAUCAAUUGUUUAGGGAUGUAUUUAUUGUAAAGCCUUAA